ACCUUCAGAGGGCUCCCCAGGAACCUUCAGGCACCUCCCUGUAGGGCCCCAGGAGCCACUUCCUUAUAGGGUCCCACAGGAACCUUCAGAGGGCUCCCCAGGAGCCCGGGCACCUCCCUGUAGGGCCCCAGGAGCCACUUCCUUAUAGGGUCCCACAGGAACCUUCAGAGGGCUCCCCAGGAGCCCGGGCACCUCCCCUGUAGGGCCCCAGGAGCCACUUCCUUAUAGGGUCCCACAGGAACCUUGACGCCUCUGAGGAAGGGCUCCCCAGGAGCCCGGGCACCUCCCUGUAGGGCCCAAGUACAUACUCGCUGGGACGAACCUAUUCUUACUGGCACCCCCGAUACCUGGGCACCUAGUGACAGUCGCUUCUACCCCCACAGGUGGGCCCCAGAAAUGUAGCCCCCAACAUAUAGGGAGACACUGACCAGGUGUUUCAUUUAUGGGGUGUCUGAACCCGGAAAUCCGAGACUUAACCCCCAGCGCUGCCUGUACCCCAGGGGGACAUCCAUACAAAUUAACUCUACUUAGGGGCAAUUGUUUCCUUGCUGUGCCCCAUACUGGGGUAUUAGCCCUGUGACCCAGGAUCCUGCGCUGUACAACUGGUGGGGUUACAGCCCAUACCCCUUCCUUAUAGGGCUCAGUGUGUACAGAUCUUGGGACUGAGGGGUGCUGCACCCUUGGUUUGUGGGGUACUGGUGCUUUCCAGCAGUGUUACCAUAUGAACCCCAAUAAUGCAGGGUUUCCUUCCUGUGUCCCCCCUAGAAACCUAAAAGUCACAUGACGGGCGGCCCCAUUAUACUCCAGUCAUUCAGUAAGGAUUGUGGCUAUCAGUCUUGGUCUGGGGUGGAGCUUACUAAACAGAAUUAUAUAAGGGUACCCCAGUAUUCAAAGUGGGGGUCACUUCCUGCUGUAGUAGCCUUUGUAGCCCCCAAACUCCCUUCAGUAGAACUUGAGCUGACUGCGCCUGGGGCUUCUGGAAGGGGCAGAACUACAGAAUCGGGGGCAGGUAUUGUUGUGACUAGCGGAAGAACUGGGGCCACAGCCUAGGGGCACCCCACACAGCCAGGGACCAAAUACUGGGGGGCUUGGGCAAGAAGAAUUUGCUACAGGAUGGGCAGAAGGCACGAGGAUACAAGGAGCAGCUGACCUGUGCCCCCAUGAUGAAUGGCAGCAUCCCCCCCGAGGGCUCCUCCUGUUCCCCCUCGCCCAACUGGAAGGAGUUCUGUGAGAUCCACGCCCACGCUGCCGCUUUGGACUUUGCCCGGCGCUUUCGGACCUUUCUCAGUGAGAACCCGCAGUAUGCCACGCCGGGAGCGGAGAGCAACUUCUCCCGAAGGUUUGCCGAGCAUUUUGUGGAGCACUUUGAGACAGAAGUGAACAAGAGCCAGGUUGGUGACGGCCCUUCUCCAAACCGCUGCAGUAUCGCCCCUUUUACCGGAGUCCAAUCCUCUAACCGGGACCUGUCGGAGACUUGCAGUGACUCUUCUCUGGCUUCCCCAGUAGAGACACAACCGAGGCAGGACUCCUCCGGUAUUACCUCCGGACUCUCCAGCAGCCAAUCCCACAGCUCCGAGGAUGUCUCCACCUCUUCGGCGACAGCCAAGCCCCGCCUCAAGAAAAGGUUCUCUCUGCGCAAUGUCAGUCGGAGCGUCCGGGGCAGCGUCAGGGGGAUCCUGCAAUGGAAGAGCUCGGCAGAGUCUCCUACCGAGGAGACGAGUGGAGCCAACAGCAACUGCAAUUCUUCCGCCAGCAGGGCCGGGGGCGAAAGGUGGACUCAUAGGUUUGAGAAACUGCGGCUGAGCCGGCCACCCCCCCAUAGAACGGAGCUGAGAGAUGUCAGGCGGGAAGGGGUCCUGAACUUUGUGAUGGCCGAGGAAGUGAACAGUAGCCGGGCCAGGUGGCAGAAGUGCCGACUGCUUCUGCGCAAGUCUGGGGGUGAUCAGACGGAAGGGUACCUGCUGGAGUUUUACAUUCCUCCCAAGGCCACAAAGCCGCGGCUCAGCAUUCUCUGUUCCUCUAUCGUUGAUGUUCGGACCACAACUCCCCUGGAGAUGCCGGAUAAAGAGAACACGUUUGUACUGAAGACAGAGAGUUCCUCUGAGUACAUUCUGGAGUCAGUGGAUUCUCUGCAGAUGAAGUCCUGGCUGUCUGACAUAGAGGACUGCAUGAUAUCUAGGACCGGGACUGAAGCCACUGACCUUCCUCACAUUAACCAUUCAGAAAGCAUGCCCAGCCGGGAUCUACCUCUUAUACCCAGUGAGAGCAGCGAGCAUCUCUGCCAAGGAGCUUAUGGGGGCCUCUCUGAUCGCCCCUCAGCUUCCAUCUCCCCCAGUUCAGUUUCCAUGACACCCUCACACUUUGACUCCAUGGAACUUCUCCCCCCAGAAUUGCCACCGAGGGCACCUAUUGACGAGAACGAGAGGCUGCCGAAUCCCAUGGGUGCCCCCUUCCCUGACACCCCUGAUAAUGCAGCGCCAUUCCUCUUCCAGGGGGAGGCAGAACCCGGAGACGGGGAGCACCCCCUCUCUGAGUAUCAGUGGUUUCAUGGCACCCUAUCCCGGCUGAAGGCUGCGCAGCUCGUCUUGGCGGGGGGCACCAGCAGCCACGGGGUAUUCCUUGUGCGACAGAGUGAAACGCGCCGGGGGGAGUAUGUGCUGACGUUCAACUUCCAAGGGAAAGCCAAGCACCUGCGGCUGUCACUCAAUGAAGAUGGGCAGUGCAGAGUCCAGCAUCUCUGGUUCCAGACCAUCUUUGACAUGCUGGAGCACUUCCGCGUUCACCCCAUCCCGCUAGAGUCUGGGGGCUCCAGUGACGUCACGCUCAUCAGUUAUGUGGUGUCUUCUCAGCGGCUGCACGAGGUGCCCAGCAGCAGCAGCCGUAACCCACCCCCGCUCCCUCCUCACCCUUUGUCUCUACAUCGGGGUGCUGAUGGGGCAGUGCAGCCGCCGUGGUACCCACUCAGUUCCUCGCCACCGGACGAAGCUCUUGGCAUCCGCCCCACUCCUGAACUGCCCGCUGCUCAGCACGAGGAGGAGAGAGCGCCCCCUAUGGAGGAACAAGAAGAGGCUGCCGUUCACCUUCAGCAGUUGCACCCAGGAGGGGGGAGCUCAGAGGACACGAGUGAUUCGGGCAGUGCCGCCUCCCGGGCACGAGCAGUCAAUAACCAGUAUUCCUUUGUGUGAGCGCAGGGGGGUGGGGGGCACUUGCGCAUAUUGGGUGCCCGCGCUGCCCCACUAUGUGCCUAUAGACACACUAACAUGGCCAAGGCCCGGCGGAACCCUCUGAUAUUGGGUGUGAGCGCAGAGGGGUGGGGUGCCCGCGCUGCCCGACUGUGUGCCCGCCUAUAGACACACUAACAUGGCCAAGGCCCGGCGGAACCCUCUGAUAUUGGGUGUGAGUGCAGAGGGGUGGGGUGCCCGCGCUGCCCGACUGUGUGCCCGCCUAUAGACACACUAACAUG